ACGUCCGCUUUCUCGCUGCCCAGACGUUUUGGAGAGCAAUGGCGGCGUGCCGGGGAUCUUCGUCGAAAUGGUUUUUCACCCGGGAGCAGCUCGAGAGCACGCCGUCCCACCGAUGCGGAGUAGAGCCGGACCGAGAGCUCUCCUACCGGCAACAAGCGGCGAAUCUGAUCCAGGACAUGGGUCAGAGGCUGAACGUCUCUCAAUUAACAAUAAAUACAGCCAUCGUUUACAUGCAUAGGUUUUAUAUGCACCACUCGUUCACCAAAUUCCACAGGAAUAUAAUAUCUCCAACCACCUUAUUCUUGGCCGCAAAAGUGGAAGAACAACCUCGGAAACUCGAACAUGUGAUCAAGGUUGCACAUGCUUGCCUAAAUCCCCAAGAACCACCUCUAGACACAAAAAGCAAUGCAUACCUCCAGCAAGCUCAAGAGCUGGUGAUACUUGAAUCCAUAGUGCUGCAGACCCUGGGCUUUGAAAUUACUAUUGAUCACCCACACACUGAUGUGGUGAAAUGUUCCCAGCUAGUGCGAGCAAGCAAGGAUCUGGCACAGACUUCCUAUUUCAUGGCUACCAACAGUCUACACCUCACUACCUUCUGCCUCCAGUACAAGCCCACAGUGAUCGCUUGUGUGUGCAUCCACCUGGCAUGCAAGUGGUCCAACUGGGAGAUCCCAGUGUCCACUGACGGAAAACACUGGUGGGAAUACGUAGACAACUCUGUCACUCUCGAGCUGCUUGAUGAGUUGACUCACGAGUUUCUGCAGAUUCUGGAGAAGACGCCCAGUCGAUUAAAAAGGAUACGCAAUUGGAGGGCAACACAAGCUGCCAAAAAGCCCAAGACUGAGAACAGUCAGUUGACGGACAACUCCUUUGCUGGGCCUUCCAUGCUCCAUGAUCAAGGCGACGCCCCCCUCUCUGGACUCUCAUCCUCCAACCCAAGUUUUUCCAAAGCAGGCGCCUCCUUCACUGCAUCCCUGUCACUGGACAGCUUGGCUGGCACAUACAAUCCAGCUAGCCACAGUGAGUGGCCGCAGGGCAACCAGAGCCUAGCAGGGUACCCUUCCGCCUGUAUAAAACAGGAACCACUCAGCAUCCCUCUCCAAGAGCCCACACUGUCCUUGCAGACUUCCACUUUGCUUCAGCAUGCGCCAGUCUACAGGACUGACAAAACAGGCUUCAGCCCUAUCAAACAGGAACCAAAAGGAACUGCUGGGAGCGGGGUUGGCAAGCAUCAGCCACCACCUCAGUCUGCCUACCUUCCACCAGCUCAGCCUCCUGCACCACAACCUACUCCAGCUCAGAAGCUAUCUCUGGACAAAUACAGAGAGAAACAUGCUGCAGAGCUGGCUGUCUCUGGACAGAAACGUAGUCAGGGGCAGCACGGAGGAGUAAUGGAUUGCGAUGUACGGGGGGAUAUGUCGUCUUCCUCCUCUUCUACCUAUGCACCAUCCUUUACGAGCCAAGUAGACCAUAGAAAACAUUCACAGCCCCACCAAACAUCACACAGUGGUGGUGGCAGCACCACUGCCUCCCCAAUGAAAAUGAAAGUUCCUUCCUCCUCAGCUUCAGGGCAAGAUAGACGUCAUCACAGUGACAAACGGGACAAAGGCUCACUUAAACUCCGCCUGGCUGUUCCUGGGUCUGGUGGAAGCUCCCAGUUAGAUAAAAGCGGACAAUCAAGCAAAGAUGAGCUUAAGAUGAAAAUAAAAGUUUCUUCAUCAGAUCGCCACAGCUCAUCAGAUGACAACAACAACAAGAGUAAACAUUCCAGCCCUCUUGUCAGCAAGGAGAAGCAACAUCGUGGAGCAGACCACAACCUCCAUCGCCACCACAAGCACAGUCACCCUCACGCACACAGCGGGAAUGGACGAGGAGGCCCAGAGGGCCCAGGAGGCCUGCUGCGGGGUCCUCCAGGACUGGUCAGCACGGAUGGGACUGCGCUCGCUCCUCCCGGAUCCACCUCUUUGUCUUCAUCCUCGUCGCGCAAGAGGGUGUACCCCGAGGCGAGCCACAACCACCACCCUUCCUCCUCAUUCUCCACUUCUUGCUCGAAGGUGAGCAAAAUCUCCAAGGGUGGCACUGGUGCUGCAGGUGGGCUGCGGACCUCUCAGCAGUACCCUCCUCCUAGUGAAUCGCCACAUGAAGUGGGAGAGCAGAGACACUGAGUCCACCACUCUGCAGCCAUGGUCUGCACAUGGAAAUGACAACAAACUACCCACAGACUUUGAAGACUAUGCUCACCUCCCUGUUAAGUGCCCUAGGAAAAUAACUUUGUGAUGAUAAACCCUUUACUGAAAGGCAGAAAAAUGUAUCUGCAAAAAAAUGAAAAGUAUUGUUGGACUUCUCAGUUUCUGAGAGACAAAAAGAUGAAAAAUUAUGCUUCCUGACUGUCAGAUCUCUGGGUUUUGAUGCUCAGUCCUGUCUUCUGUUAGUGUGUUUAAUUGCUGCUUGGUUCUCCUCCCUCCUCAAAUGAGUCUCUAGGAAUGUGCAAAGGUGGGUGUGUGUUUUCAUGGGGUGGUGGGGGGGGUGCUUUCCUAUAUUUCAGAUCUCCAUAUGGGGAAAAAAGUAUUAGUAAGUACUAUAAAGGCAUGGAAGGUGCACUUUCUUCAUUUCCCCCCCUUUUUUUUUUAAAUGAGCAAUUUAAUUGAAUCACAUUUCUGCAGUUGUAUGGAGGAAGCCAGUGGCCAGCUGGAGAUGAGUUAAAGUUAUGUUUGCUGGCAUUCCAUUUAGUACUGUUGAUGGAUGCAUAUUUUUUUUUUAGGUGUAAAGUUUCAUCUCCUCAAUUACUUUCUUGUCUUGAUUUCUUUUUAUACUUAAGUACUGUGCGUAUAAUUUGCAUGUUUCAAUCAUCAAAGGGAUUUCAAAGGAGAACGCAUACUUGCUGUUUACAGAAAGUGGAGAUAAAUGUACAUACGUUUUUGUAUGUUAGAAGAAAAAAAAAAGCUAUACCAUGACUACUCAGGUUUGGAGCUGCUUGUAAGUAUAACAAGAUAACUAUAAUACCUAUAAAAGACUUAUUUUGUUGAUCAAUGGAUUGGGCAUCAUUGGGUGAAUGAUUGCAGCAUUCCAGUGGUGUGUGCUUCUUACAGCCUUCCUAAAGAGGGUGCUGUACUGUGCUUUUCCAUCACAGGAAACAUCAGUUGAUGCCCUUGGUAACACCGGCACAUCCAACACCUACUUAUCACAUCAGAGCGAUGCAAUUUUUACCAAAAAUUAUUUUUUUGGACCUCCAAGUAGACCUUAAGCUGGAUGCCAAAGGUUGUGCCUCAAAAAGAAGAAAAACUGACAAAGACAGUCGUAGUGUGCUAUUAAAGUUUACAUAACUCUUUUUAUUUUGAAGUGGAUCAGACAUAAUUUCAUGACAUGAAGCUGUAGCCCUUAGAUGUCAGCUCAUAAAGGGAGUACAUAUUACAAGUAUUAUUGAAUCAACCACACACAAAAAAGCAACUUUUGGCGCUGUUACAUCCCAGAAACACUUGUCAGAACAGUGACCAAUUAGCCAUAUGCAACAUGACCUGCUGGAUAACUCCAGUAUCUGCGAGAUUGACGUCCCUAAUAAGUUUUGUCACUGAUGUCCAUCAUAUUGGUUGAAUUUACAUUUACAGACAUGUACCUGUCCAGACACAUCUUUACAUUAGUUUCCUACAUUAAACUCUAUAUUGUUCUCAAA